AUAACACAUUUUCAUACACAAAGGCAGGUGUAAAUUAAAAACAACAAUUACACGACUGCACAAACACAAAACUGUUGAGGCCUAGUACUCUUAGGCUACAGUAGCUGUGGGUUGUCACUAUUCACAGUACUUUGACCUUUUGUUCUUCAGUCUUGCCAAGACUGCUUAAUUAGGCUAUUAUAUCAUUCACUGGGACCGGUGCUCUGCUAAACAAGUACUCCUCCUUUAGAUUAUUUAAGCACAUUUUACCAAGUACUGUAUACUGUAUAUCGAUUCAAACCUUGAAACACUGUCCUCUAAUGCGUGAACGAGUCUGUACCAGCUGCCGUCGCUAGAUGGUGCUAUUGCUCUUCGGCGUCCCUGUGCUGAGAAGGUGGAGGAGCUGCACAAUGAAGGAGGUGUCUGAGUAAAGGCACCGGGAGUGGAUCUGCCGCUAGGUUCAGUGUAAUCCCGUCUCUCCCAGGCACACUCACCCAGUCGUCCGCCAUGGUGACCGCAAAACGCCUCUUCUCCGGUACAAGCAGCAUCUAAACCCUACCUGAGCUUUCUUUUUUCCACCACGGCUGGACGUGGAUGCAGUAUCUCCUUUCAGCUGGGACAUACAUACCUGUGGAUAAGUCCGCAUUUCGAGAGAAGGGGUAAGAAUCGUGCAAGCAAGUCCUCUCUCUCUCUCUCUCUCUGUGCGUGUGUGUGCGCUCUGAAAGGAAGUGAUUCAACUUGUUUGAAGAGAUUAGGGGUAAGUCCUGCGAGUAUCUUUGCCGUGUUGUUUUGUGAUCCCUUGGAUUUCGAGCAUGGUAAAUAAGUAUCACUGUGGGAAAAUCCUCAUAUGCAGCCAGUUAAGUGUCCUGUCUGUCCUCCGCUGUGGGUUGCUUUGCACGCCUUUAGCUGUGUGCAAGACGCUGCAGUCUCUUCUGUUUCAUAGCUGUAAAACGCAUCAUGUCCCCGUGUGACAUUUAAAUGAUGGAAAUGUCGCGGAGAAGUGCGCGUUUUACGCCGGCGACUUAGUUUCCAGAGUCCAUUCGGUGCGUUAAUGUCGCAUCCGCUGCGCUGCUGAUAACGUCCUGGAGAUUACACCAGCAUGCUGUAAUAACCUACAUUUCGUUACUCGUGUGACCACACUGCCACAACGUGUAAGGCUGGGAAGUGACCAGUGCAGUGCACUAUGGCAGAGCCAGACCCAGAGCCAGUGUCUUCUGGAGCAGGGCAGCGUCUUGGAGCCCCAGAAACUCUUGGCAUCAGUACAUUGGAUCCUGGGCAAAGACCCCCAGUUAUGCCCCCAGGGCGGCAUGUCACCGUCAGGGUCCGUAUGUUGGAUGACACAGAGGAGCUCUUCGACAUUUCGCAAAAAGCCUCUGGCAAGGUGCUGCUUGACCUGGUGUGCUCCCACAUGAACCUCAUUGAGGGUGACUACUUCGGCUUGGAGUUUCAGAACCAUCAAAAGAUGAUGGUUUGGUUAGACCACAUAAAGCCCAUUAUCAAGCAGCUCAGAAGGCCGAAGCGCACAAUCUUGAGGUUUGCUGUGAAGUUCUUCCCUCCAGACCAUGCCCAGCUUUUGGAGGAGCUGACAAGGUACCUGUUUGCCCUGCAGAUCAAACAGGAUCUUUCCUCUGGACAUCUCACCUGCAAUGACAGCACUGCCGCAUUAAUGGUCUCCUACAUUAUCCAGUCUGAGAUCGGGGACUUUGAGGAGAGCCAGUGCCGGUCACACCUCCUCAACAACAACUACAUCCCAGAUCAAAUGCCCCUGAUUGACAAGAUCAUGGAGUUUCAUUCAAAGAACAUAGGUCAAACACCAGCAGAAUCAGACUAUCAGUUACUAGAAGUGGCGCGCAGACUGGAGAUGUAUGGGAUUCGCCUUCACCCUGCCAAGGACCGUGAGGGCACGAAGUUGAGCUUGGCUGUAGCGCACACUGGUGUCCUGGUCUUUCAGGGACACACAAAGAUUAAUGCCUUCAACUGGUCUAAAAUUCGUAAACUGAGCUUCAAGAGGAAACGUUUCCUUGUCAAGCUGAGGCCAGAUUUGAAUAGUUCAUAUCAGGGUACUCUGGAGUUUCUGAUGGCCAGCAGGGACUGUUGUAAAAUCUUCUGGAAGAUCUGUGUUGAGUACCACGCCUUCUUCCGUCUCUUUGAGGAACCUAAGCCCAAGCCAAAGCCUGUGCUCUUCACACGAGGCUCCUCCUUCAGAUUCAGCGGUCGUACACAGAAGCAGGUGAUUGAUUAUGUGAAGGAAACAGAGUUUAAAAAGAUCCCAUUCGAAAGAAAACAUAGUCGGAUCCAACACAACAGUCGCCUGUCGCUGUUGCCUUCUCCCUGUCACCAUGAAGUGCCAACAACAAGUGGUGCCUCCGUCGACUCUCCUCCUGGGUGUCACUGGAAAGAGUCGGUGUUGGUGAGUGCAGAAGACCCUUCAGCUUCACGGACAGCGAUGGCGAGCCCGUCUCACCAGAGGAAUGGCCACGAGGACAGAACAGGAUCUAUGUCCAGGACAGAGGAGACAAGAGGCUCACGACAGACCCACCCAGAACAUCUGAGUACAGGUGUGGUGUCCGACAGUCCCCACCUGUCUGCCUCCUCUGGACACUCCCACGGUAUGGUCAACGGUCAGAAGUCACUGGAGCUGUGCAGUCACAGUCCCGACGGCCGACAACCUUCCCCACUCACCAGCCCGCUGCUAAAUGACGCCUGCAGUGUUCGUACUGAUGAUGAAGAUGAGGUUCGAAGGAAGAGGUUUCCAACAGAUCGGGCCUACUUCAUUGCCAAGGAGCUUCUGACCACAGAACGGACAUAUGUGAAGGACCUGGAGGUGAUAACUGUGUCUUUUCAGAGUGCUAUAGGACAAGAUGAAGCAACUCCAGAUGCUCUGAAGAACAUCAUCAACUCCACCUUCGAGCCUUUGCACAAGUUCCACACAGGUUUUCUCAGGGAGGUGGAGCAGAGGCUGGCUCUGUGGGAAGGACGUUCUAAUGCUCAUAUCAAAGGAGACUCCCAGCGGAUUGGAGAUGUCAUGUUGAAGAACCUCCAAGGCUUGAAGCCACUGACAGCAAACCUGCACAAGCAGUCUGAAGUUCUGCUGGAGCUGGAAAAAGCAUGCAGGGCGUCCCGCAAGUUGGAGGGUCUCUGCAGGGACUUUGAGCUGCAGAAGGUCUGUUACGUCCCCCUCAAUGUCUUCAUUCUGCGGCCUCUGCACCGUCUGAUUCAUUACAAGCAGAUCCUGGAGCGUCUGUGCAAACACUACCUGGCCACUCACGUGGACUUCAGGGACUGCAGAGCUGCACUGGCAGAUGUGUCUGAGGUGGUGGAGCAGCUCCAGGGAAGCCUAAUCAAGAUUGAAAACUUCCAGAAAAUUCUGGAGCUUAAGAAGGAUUUGAUUGGCAUCAACAAUCUAGUUGUUCCUGGUCGGGAGUUCAUCAGGUUAGGCUGCCUCAGCAAACUGUCUGGGAAAGGCCUACAGCAGCGAAUGUUUUUCCUGUUCAGCGAUGUCAUUUUGUACACAAGUCGAGGGAUGACGGCGACUAAUCAGUUCAAAGUGCACGGGCAGCUGUUGCUUCGUGGCAUGACAAUCAGAGAGAGUGAAGACGAGUGGGGUGUGCCUCACGCCUUUACACUGGUCGGACAGCAGCAGUCACUGGUGGUGGCAGCAAGUUCAUCGAUAGAAAUGGAGAAAUGGAUGGAGGACAUAAAGACGGUGAUAGAGAUGGCAAAAACCAGCAACGGGCCUUCAUCUGACCUUCUGACCAACAAUCUCACAGACAACAAAUGCCCUGAGGACUCCUCGAUGGAGGUGGAGUCUGAGGAUGACAUGACAGCAUCGAGCACCUCGCUGGAGAGGCCCACCCCUCACCGUGGUAACACCAUGGUGCACGUGUGCUGGCACAGGAACACCAGUGUGUCCAUGGUGGACUUUAGCAUAGCUGUGGAGAAUCAGCUGUCAGGAAAUUUGCUGAGGAAGUUCAAGAACAGCAACGGCUGGCAGAAGCUCUGGGUGGUCUUCACCAACUUUAGCUUGUUUUUCUACAAGUCUCACCAGGAUGAUUAUCCACUGGCCAGUCUUCCUCUACUGGGUUACUCAGUCACCAUCCCCUCUGAGUCUGAAAACAUCCACAAGGAUUAUGUCUUCAAACUGCAUUUCAAGUCCCACGUCUAUUAUUUCCGGUCAGAGAGUGAAUACGCGUUUGAGAGGUGGAUGGAGGUCAUCCGCAGUGCCACGGUCCCCUCUAGUCAGGCUUGUGUGCUGAACAGCAAAGAGUCCCAUCUUCACUGACUCAGCUCACCUUGUUUCCACACACUGUCUCCUUCAGGUGUCCUUCCUGCCCCCCCACCACCCUGGGACUCUUUUCUUUUCUACUCAUAUCUGGGACAUUUGUACAUGUUGUCCAUGCACAUUUGGUGCUUUUUAAUGCUUUAAUGGUGACAUGUCCGCUGGUUUAGACUGCAUCAGAGACUGCAUUUUUUGGCGUUUUUACUCUCAACUCUGAAACCUCUUUUUAAGGAUGUCAUUUUAUACAGUUUUCUAACGGUCAGAUUCACUUCCUAUCUUUCUGCUUUUACAUUUUGUCAUUGGUUGUUUUUACAGCAGAUAUAGAUGUGAAGCAUUUUUUCUUAGAUGGUUAAACUAUCAUGGCAUUGUCAUAACGUUUUUGUCUACUUGUUCAUAUUAUUGAAAAUGGCUGCUUUGAAAAUAUCAAGCAACUUUGGUGCCAAACCGGUUUAUAUCAGUGUCCUUGACUUUUUAAUGCUAUUUUGUUACAUCGGAGAUCAUGAAUGUCUCUUACACUGUAUAUCAUGAACUUAUAACCAUAUAAAACAGGCCACCCUUUAAAAGUUAGUGCUCUGUUCACACCUGACCCAGCACAAUGUGUUCUUAUGUACAAAAGGGAAAAAAAGAUGAUGAAAAUAUAAAAUAAUCUUGAUGUAUUUUUGACAGAAACCUGGAUUGAUCACAGUGUUGGCCAGAGGUAGCUGCCAUCAACACAAAUGCCAUUUCAAGUAAAGUAAAUAUUCUAUUUGCUAAUCUUAGUUGUAUGAAUAUGUCUCAGACUGUUUUGCUUUUUAAAAAUCGACUACGAAGUUUCCCUUCAGCUGUUUGAGAAAAUGUGGGACAUAAUCAUUGUAUUAUGAAAGUAAGUGUAAAAAAGCUUUAAAGAUUAUGUGUGAAACAAAAUAGAAACUUUCAGUUCCAAGCACCUCCCAUAUACAGAUAAUGGAUUUUAUGGGUCUAAAUGAAUGGAAAUAUGCAUCAGACAGGGGUUUGCAGGGAAGCAAAUCACAUGUAAAACCUCAGUUCUGCUUAGAAUUGCAGUGUUUUUCCAGACAACAGAAAGCUCGCUGGGAAUGAAAGCAAUAAAAAAAAACUUA